AAAUCCCAAUUUGGAGCAUCACCGACUCGCCGUGACUUCGUGAUGUUUGCCGCUGGUGUUAUCGACUUGGACUGGUGGUGAUUGGACUGCGUGGGACCGUGAGCAUCACUUUGCGAUUGCAACACAUUGAGACUCUCUGGCUUAGUGGCUCUACCUUUCUAUCUCUGGCUUUGGAAUCUGGAUUGAAAUCUGGAUCGCUGGUCACUGCUCUUCCCCUUCCCUUUGCUGCUAGUUCAUCAGAAAUGGCGUCGACUCAAGCUAAUGCAAGUGAAAAUCCGACUAACAUUCCAGCUUCUCAAUCAGGAAGUACAGCUGGAAUCGCUAGUAAAAGAAAAGUUUCUAAAAAUGCUAUUGGAAGUAGAACUGAUGUAGGAUGAGAGCACGGGAUAUCUGUUGGAGAAGAUGAAAAGAAGAUACAAUGUUCACAAAAAGGAGAAAUCGUUUAAAAGCUAAAACCAUGAAUGAUGUUGUGUUUGUGAUGACAAACUCAAGAUUAGCAAAGAAAAAACAAACUAGAAGAAGUCUUGAUUAUGACUAUAGUCUUGAUGAGUUGGACUCUGAUGAAGAUUGGAUUGUUGCUGACGAAGAUGGAGAAGAAGAAGAUUUAGAUGCUCUAAUUCCAGAUACUAAUUUAAAUGAUGAAGAAAGUGGUAAUAGAGUUGUUGGUGCAUCUAAGGAUCCUUUGACAAUUCCUUAUCUUGAUGAUGAUGAGUUUGAAGAACUUCUUCAAGGACCUCUUCCUCCUGCUCCUGAUAAUGAUGAAUAUGAUAAUGUAGAAAUUUGUGAAACUCGUGAAGAUUUUAUGACUGAUGAAGAAUAG